AUGCUGCUGCUGCUGCUCGUGGCCAUCCCGCUGCUGGUGCACGGCUCCAAGGCCGCCGCUCACUACGAGAUGCUGGGCAGCUGCCGCAUGGUCUGCGAGCCCUACCCCGAGCUGCCCGCGGCCUCCCCUCCGCCCUUCCCUCCCGGGGCCCGGGGCGAGCCGGGCCGCAAGGGCCGCGCCGGCCUCCGGGGCCCUCCGGGACCGCCGGGUCCGCGGGGACCGCCGGGGGAACCGGGCCGGCCGGGCCCGCCGGGACCUCCGGGGCCGGGCCCGGGCGGGUACAUCCCGUCCUUCUACAGCCCCAAAAUCGCUUUUUACGCCGGCCUGAGGAAACCUCACGAAGGUUACGAGGUUCUGCGCUUCGACGACGUCGUGACCAACGUGGGCAACUACUACGAGCCCUCGAGCGGCAAAUUCACGUGCCCCCUGCCCGGCAUUUAUUUCUUCACCUACCACGUCCUGAUGCGCGGCGGGGACGGCACCAGCAUGUGGGCCGACCUGAUGAAGAACGGGCAGGUCCGGGCCAGCGCCAUCGCUCAGGACGCGGAUCAGAAUUACGAUUACGCGUCCAACAGCGUCAUCCUGCACCUGGACGUGGGGGACGAGGUGUUCGUCAAGCUGGACGGGGGAAAAGUGCACGGCGGCAACACCAACAAGUACAGCACCUUCUCCGGCUUCAUCAUCUACCCCGACUGA